AUGAAUAACGAACUACCUCGUACGGCAUAUCUAUACUCAAUCCUGGCGGCAUUCGCCAGACCAGCUUCAGCUACCAUCCUAUAUCAAGAUCUCCACCUCGUACCCUCCUACGCGAAAGCACACGGAAUCCUGAUGAGCGUAGCUUUCAUCCUCAUCUUCCCUCUCGGCGCUACUGUACUCCGCCUCUCCAAACCCAACUACGCAGUUUGGAUCCAUGCUGGUAUCCAACUCACAGGAUGGGCCCUUAUGCUCGGCGGACUGGCAACCGGCCUUCGUGUGGGGAAGAUACUAGACAGACUACACAACAACACCCACACGGUCUUCGGAACAGUCAUCGUGGUCCUCAUGCUCAUCCAGCCGUUCCUGGGUGCCAUUCACCACUGGGUGUAUAUCCGGAAGAAGACGCGCACGGCUCUAGCCCCCGUGCAUGUUUGGUUGGGUCGGAUUCUGAUCGUCCUUGGUAUGGUGAAUGGCGGGCUAGGGCUUCGGCUUGCGGAUAAUACUCAUGGGGGAAGAUCGCGUAUGGGGUUGUUGCUGGGUGGAAUUAGUCCCGGGCUAUGGAUUAUUACAGCAGCGAUGAUUGUAGUUGUUGUCGAGCAAUUGUGA